AUGGUCCAAUCCGGCGCAAACUCCUCGAUGAACCACCCCUCGAGCUCCAUCCGCGGCGGCGCCAGCUUGCAGCCGACGCCCGCCAACAACGUCGGCGGCGGACGGGGUCUAGGCGAUGGAGGUUGGACCAAGGGAGGGACGGCUGCUUCUGAGAAUAAGCAGAAGCAGAGGCAAGGCUCUGAGAGCAGCAUGGACCAGGGUAGAGGCCAGGAGGGUUGGUGGAGGAGGGCGAGUGAUACUACUAAGGAUUCGGUGAAUAACUUGUGA